AACGACUAGCCUAUAAUCCUUGCUGUUGUUUGGAAUUUGUGUACAGUACACUUUUGUGAUUUACAUUUAUUUUUAAAGUACUUAACGGAACAAAAUUCUGUGCACAAAGCAGGUAUUUGGACCAAUCCUUUAUCCAAGCAUAAUUACUUAGGCAGCUCUGCUAUAGUUACAGAAUGGAAGCAGUUCAGAACUGAUCAGUAGUCUUUACCACCUUUCCUGAUUUGGACAUUCCUCUUAAGGCAUCUCCACAUCUUUUGACUGAGGUCUGAAAGUUUCAGUGCAGACACGAUGUGUGCUCUACCUGGUCCAGGCGGCCAAGUGAAGCGGAAGGAAAUAUACAAGUACGAGGCACCAUGGACAGUUUACAGCAUGAACUGGAGUAUUCGCCCAGACAAGCGGUUCCGACUAGCUCUCGGCAGCUUUGUAGAAGAGUACAACAACAAAGUACAGAUUGUGGCUCUUGAUGAAGAAACCUCAGAAUUUACUUCAAAGAGCACAUUUGAUCAUCCGUAUCCAACCACCAAAAUUAUGUGGAUUCCAGAUGCUAAAGGUGGCUAUCCUGAUUUAUUGGCCACCAGUGGAGACUACCUGAGAGUGUGGAGAGUCAAUGACAAUGAAUCUCGCUUGGAGUGUCUCCUCAAUAAUAACAAGAACUCCGAUUUUUGCGCUCCUCUGACUUCAUUUGAUUGGAAUGAGGUGGACCCAAACCUUUUAGGAACAUCCAGUAUUGACACUACUUGUACGAUAUGGGGCCUAGAGACAGGACAGGUGCUUGGUCGUGUCAAUGUGGUAUCAGGCCAUGUGAAAACUCAGCUGAUCGCCCACGACAAGGAAGUGUACGACAUUGCAUUUAGUCGAGCUGGAGGUGGGAGGGACAUGUUUGCCAGUGUCGGUGCUGAUGGAUCUGUUAGAAUGUUCGACUUGCGUCACCUUGAACAUUCCACAAUAAUCUACGAGGACGCCCAGCACCACCCACUAUUACGACUUUGCUGGAAUAAACAAGAUCCUAACUAUCUUGCUACUAUGGCCAUGGAUGCCAUGGAGGUCAUCAUUUUGGAUGUGCGAGUGCCCUGUACCCCAGUCGCUCGUCUGAACAAUCAUCGGGCAUGUGUGAAUGGCAUCGCCUGGGCCCCCCACUCCAGCUGUCAUAUCUGCACCGCUGCUGAUGACCAUCAAGCAUUGAUCUGGGAUAUCCAGUCCAUGCCAAGAGCAAUUGAGGAUCCUAUUCUGGCCUAUACAUCAGCAGGGGAGAUAAAUCAGAUUCAGUGGUCAUCCACACAGCCAGACUGGAUUGCCAUUUGUUAUAAUAACUGUCUUGAAAUUUUGCGUGUGUGAACAAAAUGGAGACAGUUUAUGCUAUUUAUUUGUCAUCGUCCAUAUUGAAAAAGCUUUUAUGUGCAUACAUAUGCCCAUGUAAUUUGAAAGCUAGAACAGUGAUUGAGAGAAGUAGAGGGAUGAUGUCCUUUAAUACAUUGUCUACUCAUUCUUUUGAGUUACAUGUACAGCACAAUGAUGAUAAUCUCUUAUUCAUUGAGAAAGAACCACCAAACUAAUUGGAUAGGUUCAAACAGAGCUAUGAUUAUCUCAGCGGUAGGCCUACCCCAUAAAAUAUGUGAGGAGUAGAGUAUUAUAUUUUUCUCUGUUAUUGUAAUACUUCAUGUUUAAGAUCGAGUUUAAUCCGUUCCUAUCAUGAAUUGAAUUUGAAGUGAUCAUAUUUUUUAACAUAAUGAUGAAAACAAUUGUCAGAUGAGAAAGUGCAAAACAUGUUAAUCCUAAAACACUGAUGAAAUCACAUUGAUUGGUGUGUAUGUGUCAUCCUCAGAAAUUACACCCUUCAUUCCCAUAGGCAUGUCCUACAUAUGAAUCAUAGUUGAUAUUUAUUUGAUAUAUCUCAAUUUCUGUGAUUAUUCAAAAUAUUUUUAGACGAAUCUGAAAGAAAUUGCUAAUUUAUGUUAAUUAUGUCUCUGGCUCAUUGAGCUUUUCUGAUUGAAGUUUGUUCAUUGUGUACUUGUACCUGUUUCCAUCCACUCACAUAGAAAAUAAUCAAAACAUCUAUAUGCCAAAUUAUCAAGCUUGGUAAAAAGUUCUACACUGAUCCAGAAAAAGCAUUGCUUUUCAGAGUGAGUGGAAUUUUAGUAUAAAAAUGACCAAUUCCAGAUUAAAUUACUUAAAUGUUUGACAGAGCAAAUAUUCCAGUUUGAUCCACUUUGAUUUUCACUGGUAAAUUUAUGACUUAUUCUCCAGAACAGCUUCAUUCCAGCUCACUUGUCACUUUGUUACUCUCCGAAGACGUGCAAUUUUUUUAUAGGGAGAGAGAUUUUCUUGGAAUUUUUCUUAAGGUGGAACAAUCAGCAAUUCAGACUAAAUUUUAUGGUUUUUGAUUGACUGAAGUUUGUUUUAUUUGUCUAUUUUGUAUGAAUACUUGCUUGGUUGCAACUUUGCUAAGUCGCUCCAGGUAGAGUUUUUACUCUGUAUGUAGUCUGUAUAUUAUUUGUAUAGUAUUGAAGCAACUCUUCAUUGAUGAAUUCUGCUAUGACUUGGGUGUAAGAUGUGGUCCAUUUACAUGUAUUGUAAAACAAAGAUUGUUCACAUUGUAAGGUAACUAGCCUGUAAUAACAUUGAUUGUAAUUAUUUAAGGUUGUGUUCAAAACAGCAACUAUUGAAUUUCAAUCUGAUUAAAAUCGGCAGUUCUAGCUGCUCUCAUGAAUCGGUAUUAUGCUGCAAAUUGUUGUCGGAGAAGAGCAUAUCUAAGCGGCUGAUUUUGAUUAGAUAAAUUGAUUUUGAAUUCAAAUAUAUAUACUUUAUUCAAAAAGGUGUCUUGAAUCAUUGUAUGAUAUUUUGGUGGAUAACAAAAUACAUGCAUGUUUGUCAGUAUGCACUGAAUUCAUAAAUGCAGACAAUGAUGAAAAGAGCAUGGAAAUUAACUUUACUCAGUGGUUUAUUCUUCAUUUGCCAGAAUCAUUUUAAGUUUUGAAGUGCAUUAGAAAUAUAGUUUUCAUAGUGUACAAUGUAUAGACUAUGUGCAUAUUAUGUAGUUUUAAGUGAUUUUUAUUGAGUUUUCAAUCACUAGUGGCAUUUACAUGUCAAGAUACAAAACUUCAUAUAUCAUGUAUUCAGUAGACCAUGGAGAUUCAGUAUUCCGUGAAAUGUUUGCCUUUUUGUAUGGGUGUAUAUGUAGUCCAUGUAGUGACUAGCUGUUAAUCUACAGAGUUAUACAUGUACAUGCAAUUCAGCCAAAAUAAACAUGUUAUGAUGUACCAUAUCACCCUAAUCAUGGGGGUCACUUGAGGUUGAGAUUCCUUUAAAUAUCUAAAUGCAGAGUAAAAAGGUCAAGGUCAUGGUUCACUGUUAGGUCAGUUGAUAAAGUUCAAGGUCAUUGUUAAAUGUUAAAGUAUUAAAUGGAAAGAUGGAAAAGCUGAUAUUUACAAUGUAGCACAAGGGUUGGUUAAGACAAAACAUGUUGUAACCCUGAAUAAUGGUCUUUUGGACAAGAUAAAUUUUGCUGAUAACGAAAUUUGAAAUAUUUAUUUAGACCAUAAUUUUGUGACAGAACAUUUAAAAGAAGUACAUGUCAAGUUAGAUAAAAAAAAAAACAAAAAAAAACAAAUAAAUAAAUACAAAUCCUGUUUUCAGCAUUUGAAAAUUUCAUUCAUUACUUAUUCAAUAUGAAGCUCUUCUGUUUUAAAGUUUAUUUGUCCUGCAAUACUCAGGUGACAAAAUAAAGCUCUUCUAUUUUAAAGUUAUUUAUCCUGCAAUACUUAGGUGACCUUCAAGAUUAUUCUUCCAUACCAACAGUGAACUAAAUGUCAAGGCUGAUGCUUUAUUCAUUAACAAUGUUUUACAAAUGUGUUCAUUUUAUGUUGAUAGGAUUAAAUCACAUUAUUUUCACAGGAAGUAUGGAUAUUACUACAACCCCCCUCCCCUAUUUUUAAUAUCAAAAAAAUUGGUGGCAAUAAUUUCUCUGAAAUGUGUGAAUUCCCUGUCUAUCUCAUCCCUCUUUCGAUUCAUGUAAUCGUUUCACGCUUUUUGUAAGCUUUAGAGAUUGGCCUUCUACAGGUAUAAUAAAAUAUUAUUAUAUCGGUAGAAGGCCAAUCUCUAAAGAGAAAUUAUUGCCACCAAAAAAAAAAAUAUAUUAAAAAAAGGGGGGGGGGGGUAGUACUAUCCAUACUUCAAGUGCCUGUGAUUAUUUUUCAUGAACUAACUUGUCAUCAAAUGUAAAUAUAUGAUUUUAAUAUAAAGCUUUGUGAACCCAAAUUUUACUGCCAUUCAACUAUUUCCUAUGUUUUCAUUGCAUGAGUAUGUGAAUAAAAUGAGGAAAUCAUGUUUAAGGACAUUCUGGACGUUUCUGA